UUUUUUCGUCGUUCGGAUCGGUGUGAAAUUUCCACGCAGGCGGCCAUCUUGCUAAACCAUCCUAGGAAAACUACAGUGCAAUAGACCAAGUAAUUGACAAAUCGCCGUUGCAACACCUUGUUUUAAGAAAUUUGCUCGCUUAAAUACAAAUCCUACAUUACACAUCCCAUAAACUCUCCCACAAAACUAAAACCCGUCAAAAUUAUGGUCAGCGUAAAGGUCAACGGAAAUCCACAGAAUCGUUUAGGGAAUAACCCAAAGGUCAACGGCAACAUGGCAUUCCGGGGCAACCAGAACCGCAAUCGCAACUUCGGAGGCGGCAACAACAACUAUGGCGGACCCAUGGGCGCCAACCGCAUGGGCGGCAUGAACAUGUCGCCCUGGGAGUCCCAGAAUCCCGGUGGCGGACAGUUCGGCAACAACAUGCGCCAGGGCGGCGGUCAGAUGAACGCCCAGGCCAUCAACCUGGCCAACAAUCUGCUGAACAACCUGUUCAGGAGCCAGAAUCCACCAUCGCUUCUCGAUUUGCCCCGCGGCGGCGGCGGCAUGGGAAAUCGCAAUCAGCGCGGCGGCCCGAUGGUCAGUCGCGGCGGCGGUGCCGGCAAUCGUCUCAAUAACCGUCGUGGCCAGGGAGGUGGCUUCCAAAAUCGUGGCGCCACUGGUAGUGGACCCAAGCCCCCGCAAAAGCAGGGCGGCGGCGGUAUUCGCAAGCAAAAUGCUUUUGAUCGUGCCAAGAAACUUUUGGCUAAAAAUGCCAACCAAAAUAAAAAGAAGGAACCCACUCCUGGCGAUAAGAAAAUCGAGAGCCCCACCAAGGAGUCGCCCUACGCUAGUGUGCCAAACGACAUGUUCUACUGUCAUCUGUGCAAGAAGCACAUGUGGGACGCCAACUCGUUCGAGAACCACAUCAAGGGACGCACCCAUCUGAUGAUGCGCGAGGGUAUUGAGGAGAGCUACCGCCUUAAGGCCAACAUGAUCCGUCAGGAGGCCAAGAUCGCCGAGCAGCUCAAGUCGAUCGAGUUCGACCGCUUGAAGCGCAUGGGCAAGAGCAAGCAACGCCAGUUGGAUUACUGCACCAUGUGUGACCUGAACUUCCACGGACACAUCUCGACCCAUCGCAAGUCGGAGGGACAUUUGCAGCUGAAGAAGUUCCUGCAUCCCAAGUGCAUUGAGUGCAACAAGGAGUUCGCCACUCGCAUCGACUACGACACACAUCUGCUGUCCGCCGAGCAUCUGAAGAAGGCCGCCGAGAGCAACACCAAGGUUGGUGAGCGCAAGCGCCAGACGUUGCCCAUCAGCACCGAGGAGGAGGAGACUCGCGAUCUCCGUCUGCCCCAGAAGCGCAAGAAGAAGCCAGCCAAGAAGGAGGGCGAAGCCGCCGAUGGCGAGGCCAAGAAAGAGGGAGGCGGCGAUGGUGAAGCUGCCGAGGGUGAUGAAGCCGAGGGCGAUGAGGCCAAGGAGGGCGAAGAAGGUGCCGACGAGACUAAGGAGGGCGAGGAGCUCAACGAGAGCCAGGAAGAGGAGGAAGUGGCCCUGCCUGUGGAUCCCGAGGACUGCAUCCUUGACUUCACCGACGGCGACGAGAUCCCCAGUGAGGUGGACACCCGCCUGCCCAAGUACAACUGGCAGCGGGCUGUCGGUCCUGGCCUGAUCUCCAAGCUGGAGUGCUACGAGUGCUCGGUGUGCAGCAAGUUCUUCGACACCGAGGUGACCGCCGAGAUUCACUCGCGCACGGCCACCCAUCACCGCAACUUCUUGAAGUUCAUCAACGAGAAGUCGAGCGACACCAAGAUCGCCCAGAAGCGUGCUGCUGCUGCUUUGGAGGAGAACGAGCGCAAGAAGCGCAAGAUCGAGGAGACAGAGGCCCCGUCCACCGAGGGCGCCGCCGAGGAAGCCACCGAGGGAGCCGAGGGUGAGCUUUACGACCCAUCGGAGGCCACCGGCGAUGAUGACGAUGUAGAGAUGGCAGAUGACAAUGCCGAGGGAGAGGGCGAAGGCGAAGGCGAAGAGGAGGUCGAAGGUGAGGGCGAGGAAGAUGGCGCCGGCCAGGACAACGGGGAGGAGGAGAUGGAGGCCCAGGAAGAGGAGCAGGAGGCCGAACAAGAGCCCGAACCGGAGCCAUCUCCGGCCAAAACUCCGGCUGCCGCUGAACCAGCUCCCGUAACCAAGACGCCAGCUAAGACUCCGGCCAAGGCCGCUGCUGCCACGCCCGCUGCUGCGGCGACGACGCCGGAUGCCUCGCCAUCGCCGGCCAAGAAGGCGACUCCCGCUCGCGCUGCCGCCGGACCCAAGGCCACACCGCAACGUCAACGCGCACGCGGUCGGUACAACCGCUACUAAGUAGACGUCGAAGAAAUUCGUAAUUUAAAAUAACACAUAAACUUAAAAUCUAUACAAGAAAUUAUAUACAUUCACGCCCAGGAGGAGGAUGAUGAAAAACAGAUCAAAUCGAUCUCUUCCCGCAAUUUGACAUUUGCAUCCCAAUUUGCAUAUAAACUGAAUGAAAGGAAACUGAGAAGAAGACAAGCAACUUUGCGUUGAAACAGUUGAAUACAUUGUAACUGGAGGCGGAACUUCUUGAUACUGUGACGAGGGAGAUCACAAACAACUUGAUUGAUUUAAAUAUGAACAAUACCCAAAUCCCCCUAACAGCACUGCAUACCAUACCAUACCAGCCAACCAUUCAACUUAUGUAAUCAUACAAAUUUUAAAAUAAACAAAAAAGCAAAAGUAGUUGUAAAA